AGACAAGUUGUCCUUCAUGAGGGUCACCGGGACUUCUUCAUCCACUCCUGGGACUCACAGGGUCAGAAGUUGACUGUACCCGCCAUGGUGCUGUAUGUUGGACAUCAUCAUGGGAAUAACCAUCCAAAUAGUGAGCAGCACCACAACAUCCAGCUUCAUGAUCAGGUUGAGAUGGACUCUGCCACUAAACAGGAUGCUCCUCAGGUUCCCAUUCUGAAUUUCCCAAGACCUAAUCCAGGACUGAAGAGGAGGAAGAGAGACUGGGUUAUCCCUCCUCUUAGUGCUACUGAGAAUAGCAGAGGACCUUAUCCCCUGUGGCUUGCUCAGAUUCGCUCUGAUGAAGAUAAAGUGAAGAAGAUCAUUUACAGAAUCACUGGUCCUGGAGCUGAUCAGCCUCCUGUUAAUCUUUUCACCAUGGAUAGAGACAAUGGUAAUCUGUAUGUCACACAGGAACUGGACAGAGAGAAACAGGACAAGUACACGCUUAAAGCCCAUGCUGAGUCAGUUGGAGGUGGUGCAAAUGCAGAGGACCCUAUGGAAAUUAUAAUCAAUGUAAUUGACCAGAAUGACAACAAACCUGUUUUCAAUCAAUCUACCUAUAAUGGAGAAGUUCCAGAGGCCUCGAAAAAAGGUUUUGAGGUGAUUAAGGUUUUGGCCACAGAUGCUGAUCAGCCAAAUACUGACAACUCUGAUAUCAGGUACCGUAUAAUGAGUCAGACUCCAGAGGAGCCCAGUCCCAACAUGUUUAACAUCAACCCAAUAACUGGACUCAUCAUCCUCAACCAAGCUGGACUGGACCGAGAGAAAAAUUCUCUGUACACACUGGAUGUUCAGGUAGCUGACUUGAAAGGAGAAGGUUUGACUGGAUUUACCAAAGUGUUUAUCAAAGUGAUGGACAGCAACGAUCACGCUCCAGUCUUUACGGAGGCCUCUUACACGGCCACAGUUGAAGAGAAUAAAGUAGACGCUCUAGUUGUUAAGAUGUUGGUGACGGACGGUGAUGAGCCUCAAAGCCCAGCCUGGAAUGCAAAGUUCAAGAUCAUUGAUGGAAAUAAAGAAAAUCUGUUUACUGUGGAAACAGGAACAAACAAACAAGAAGGAAUCAUCACUACUGCUAAGGGUCUGGACUUUGAGAGAGUCAGUAAGCACACUCUGCUGGUCACCGUGGUGAAUGAGGAACCUUUCGCUGUUUCAUUGAUCACUUCCACUGCUACAGUGGUGGUGACUGUGGAGGAUGUCAAUGAACCUCCCAUCUUUGAUCCAAAAGAGAAACAGGUUUCUAAACCUGAGGAUCUUGCUGUGAACAGCACUGUGGUGCGGUACACAGCUUCUGAUCCAGACAUUGGACGCAAACAGAAAGUCACGUAUAAAAUGCUCAAAGACCCAGCUGGCUGGCUUCACGUUGAGAGGGACACUGGUGUGAUAAAAGUGAGAAAAGACAUGGACAGAGAAUCUCCAUUUGUCAAAGAGGAGAAAUACACAGUCCUGAUUGGUGCAUAUGAUGAUGAUCAGAUCCCAGCUACAGGAACUGGAACUCUGAUCAUUACACUUGAGGACGUCAACGACAACGGCCCCGUCAUUGAGGAUCGUUUAAUUAAUAUGUGUAACAAGAAGACAGUUCCUCAGCUGCUGACUGUAACAGAUGAAGAUGGACCAGGCUUUACUUUUCCAUACAGCGUUGUCUUACAGGACACUGCUAAGGCCAACUGGACCGCGAGGAUGAACGACAACAAAACUGCUAUUAUUUUGACUUUGACACGUGAGCUGGAGAGUGGAACUUACACGGUGGGCAUGGUGGUUUCAGACAACCAGCUCAAGAGUCUACUCAACACAAUCAAAGUUGAACUGUGUGACUGCAGUGGAGAAGAAGUGAGCUGCAAAGACAAAGUUAUUGCUGGCUCCAGCAUGCCGGUCAUCCUGGGAAUACUCGGUGGCGUCCUCCUGCUACUCAUGCUGGUCCUGCUGCUGCUACUGUUGGCAAAUAAAAACAAGCCAAAGAAGGAACAACCUUUGCUCCUAGACAACGACAUCAGAGAUGACAUCUUUUUCUAUGAUGAGGAGGGAGGCGGAGAGGAGGACCAGGACUACUUUGAUCUGGGUGUUCUCCACCGUGGUUUGGACAACCGUCCCCACGUGGUCAGGGAUGAAGUGGUUCCAGUUUUUCAGUCACGGCCUUUUGUGUACAAACCUCGGCCCGCUAACCCAGAAGAUAUUGGUGGCUUCAUUGAUGAUAACCUGAAGGCGGCAGAUAACGACCCGACUGCUCCCCCCUACGACUCCCUGCUGGUGUUUGAUUAUGAAGGAGGCGGUUCUGAAGCUGGAAGCAUUUCAUCUCUGAACUCGUCAAGCGAUGGAGACCAGGACUAUGACUGCCUCAGCGACUGGGGCCCUCGCUUCAAGAAACUGGCAGACAUGUAUGGAGGAGGAGAUGAUGAUGACAUGAUGCUGCUGUAUCCAGAGCAUCACUAUACGAACAACCGUCUGGAUGCUGAAUUUCAUCAAGAGGCUCAGAAACUCAACAAGCAGCUUCAUGAUCACCUGGAUUCUGAUAGAAAUCAGCAGGAUGCUCCUCAGGUUCCCAUUCUGAAUUUCCCAAGACCUAAUCCAGGACUGAAGAGGAGGAAGAGAGACUGGGUUACCCCUCCUCUUAGUGUUGCUGAGAAUAGCAGAGGACCUUAUCCCCUGUGGCUUGCUCAGAUUCGCUCUGAUGGCAAUAAAGUGAAGAAGAUCAUUUACAGAAUCACUGGUCCUGGAGCUGAUCAGCCUCCUGUUAAUCUUUUCACCAUGGAUAGAGACAAUGGUAAUCUGUAUGUCACACAGGAACUGGACAGAGAGAAAGAGGGCAAGUACACGCUUAAAGCCCAUGCUGAGGCAGUUGAAGGUGGUGCAAAUGUAGAGGACCCUAUGGAAAUUAUAAUCAUUGUAAUUGACCAGAAUGACAACAAACCUGUUUUCAAUCAAUCUACCUAUAAUGGAGAAGUUCCAGAGGCCUCGAAAAAAGGUUUUGAGGUGAUUAAGGUUUUGGCCACAGAUGCUGAUCAGCCAAAUACUGACAACUCUGAUAUCAGGUACCGUAUAAUGAGUCAGACUCCAGAGGAGCCCAGUCCCAACAUGUUUAACAUCAACCCAAUAACUGGACUCAUCAUCCUCAACCAAGCUGGACUGGACCGAGAGAAAAAUUCUCUGUACACACUGGAUGUUCAGGUAGCUGACUUGAAAGGAGAAGGUUUGACUGGAUUUACCAAAGUGUUUAUCAAAGUGAUGGACAGCAACGAUCACGCUCCAGUCUUUACGGAGGCCUCUUACACGGCCACAGUUGAAGAGAAUAAAGUAGACGCUCUAGUUGUUAAGAUGUUGGUGACGGACGCUGAUGAGCCUCAAAGCCCAGCCUGGAAUGCAAAGUUCAAGAUCAUUGAUGGAAAUAAAGAAAAUCUGUUUACUGUGGAAACAGGAACAAACAAACAAGAAGGAAUCAUCACUACUGCUAAGGGUCUGGACUUUGAGAGAGUCAGUAAGCACACUCUACUGGUCACCGUGGUGAAUGAGGAACCUUUCGCUGUUUCAUUGAUCACUUCCACUGCUACAGUGGUGGUGACUGUGGAGGAUGUCAAUGAUCCCAUCUGUCCAAAAGAGAAACAGGUUUCUAAACCUGAGGAUCUUGCUGUGAACAGCACUGUGGUGCGGUACACAGCUUCUGAUCCAGACAUUGGACGCAAACAGAAAGUCACGUAUAAAAUACUCUAUGACCCAGCUGGCUGGCUUGACGUUGCGAAGGAGACUGGUGUGAUAAAAGUGAGAAACCAAAUGGACAGAGAAUCUCCACUUGUCAAGGAGGACAAAUACACAGCCCUGAUUGGUGCAUAUGAUGAUGAUCAGAUCAAGCCGACAGCAACUGGAACUCUGGUUAUUCAUCUUGAGGAUGUCAAUGACAACCCACCAACCACUGAGGAACGCAAAUUCACAGUGUGUAGCAAGACACCAGUUCCUCAGCUGCUGACUGUGACAGACAGAGAUGGACCAUACUUUACUUCUCCAUUCAACGUCAGCCUAGUUGGCUCUGCGAAGGCUAACUGGACGGCCAGAAUGAUCAGCACCAGAACAGGAAUUAUCCUGACUUCAAACCGUGAGCUGGAGAUUGGAGUUUACACUGUAGCCAUGAGCAUUGCAGACAACCAGGGUCUGUCUCAGGUCAGCACAGUCACAGCCAGAGUGUGUGACUGUGCUGGAAAAGACGUGAGCUGUCGGGAGAAAGGUGUUGGUGGCUCCGACGCUCCAGUCAUCCUGGGAAUACUGAAGGCCAUCAUGGUGCUGCUGAUCAUGGUGGGGCUGCCAUCGUUCCUGUUUGUGAGACGAAGGAGAACAGAGGAGGAACCUGUUGAACUCAGAGAUCUCAGCAUGGCAGACAACAUGUGUGAGGAUGAGGAGAGGAACGACAGAGAGGACAUGCAGGGAGGCGAUUCCGACUCGCAAGACCCGGAAUACGAAUAUCUGACUGAAGGGGAACCACUUUCAGGAACUGCCUGACAAUAAUGGAGAACAGGAUGAAAACAAAUUGUACACGUUUGGUACAUUUGAAUACAAUUGCUCCGUGCGUUUUAAACGUGUCUGUAGUGACAUUUUGUGGUUGUUGGGAUAUUUUGUUUUAGUUUGAUUUCGAUCUUUGUAAUGACCUAUUGUUGAGAGGUCAAAGAUGUUUUUGAUUCCUCUGCCCUCACUAUUUGGGGACUUGGCUUUCUGCAAGCUUUUUAAAGCUUUUCUGAAAACUUUUAACCUUUGUUAUGUUUGUUUAUGUUUUGUUUUCUGCGUUGCUGGUGCCACUGA